AUGACGUUACCACCUAGAUAUGUCAAGGUUAAUAUCGAAGUUGCUAUUGUGCCAAAUGCUCAAUUGCCUAUAUCUGUUGAAGGUGGUGAUGUAUCGAUGGUUUGUCAGGCAAUAGGAACAAUUGUGCCAUGGCCAAUGAAACUUGUUGAAAUUGUUGUUGAAUGUGAAAAGAAUCCUGAUCAGUCCCAAAACAAAGUUAAGAACACCCAACGAAGUGUUGAUUUUGUUUCGUCACCUAACAAAAGCAACAAAAAAUUCCAAAUUGAAGAGUCUCCUAGAGUUGGCGGUUCAACCAAUCUUGUAAAUUUACCUUUCCUUGAUAUGUAUGUGAAAAAGAUGAUGAGGGUUGGAUCGUUAAUUCAAAUAAAAAUGGAGGAAAGUAUAUUUGGUGAGGAGUUUUUAGAGCAUCUACGUGUAGAGAGUAUAAAAGAGAUUCUUGAUCAUAAUUGGUUAAGUGCCUCUAUUAUCACUGUAUUUUCCAUGUACCUCUAUUAUUACAAAUUUCCUCUAAUCUGA